GGCUGGCCCUGGCCGCCCCCAACGCGGAGCCGCGGGAGCGGAGCCGGGGUUAGUGGAGCUGCUGGAAGAUGGCGAGCGGCCGGAACGCGCGGCCGCCUUGGCGGCCCGGGCGCCUCCCGCUGCUGCUGUGCCUGCUGCUGCUGAGAAGCCCGGCCCGGGCGGCGCACAUCAAGAAGGCGGAGGCGACGACGACGACGAGCGCGGGCGCCCAGGCAGCCGAGGGCCAAUUCGACCGCUACUACCACGAAGAGGAUCUGGGCUCGGCGCUGAGGGAGGCGGCGGCCGCGGGGCUCCCGGGCCUGACCCGCCUUUUCAGCAUCGGCCGUUCGGUGGAGGGCCGGCCGCUGUGGGUGCUGCGUCUCACGGCAGGCCUGGGGCCGCCGCCCCCUGAUGGCGACACGGGGCCCGACGCGGCGGGACCGCUCCUGCCCGGCCGGCCGCAGGUGAAGCUGGUGGGCAACAUGCACGGCGACGAGACCGUGUCGCGCCAGGUGCUGGUCUACCUGGCCCGCGAGCUGGCGGCCGGCUACCGCCGCGGGGACCCGCGCCUCGUCCGCCUGCUCAACACCACCGACGUGUACGUGCUGCCCAGUCUCAACCCCGACGGCUUCGAGCGCGCCCGCGAGGGCGACUGCGGCCUCGGCGACGACGGCCCGUCCGGAGCCAGUGGCCGCGACAACAGCCGCGGCCGCGACCUCAACCGCAGCUUCCCGGACCAGUUCUGUACCGGCGAGCCUCCGGCCCUGGACGACGUGCCGGAGGUGCGCGCCCUCAUCGACUGGAUCAGCAGGAACAAGUUUGUGCUUUCUGGAAAUCUGCAUGGUGGCUCCGUGGUAGCAAGCUAUCCCUUUGAUGAUUCUCCAGAACAUAAGGCCACUGGAAUCUAUAGCAAAACGUCAGAUGAUGAAGUCUUUAAGUACUUGGCAAAAGCCUAUGCUUCACACCAUCCCAUAAUGAAAACUGGUGCGCCUCAUUGUCCAGGAGAUGAAGAUGAAACUUUCAAAGAUGGAAUCACCAAUGGUGCUCAUUGGUAUGAUGUGGAAGGUGGUAUGCAGGAUUACAAUUAUGUAUGGGCCAACUGUUUUGAGAUCACAUUAGAACUGACUUGUUGCAAAUACCCACCUGCUUCUCAGCUUCGACAAGAGUGGGAGAACAAUCGUGAGUCUCUGAUCACAUUGAUUGAAAAGGUUCACAUUGGAGUUAAAGGAUUUGUUAACGAUUCAGUAACUGGAUCUGGUUUAGAGAAUGCAACCAUCGCAGUGGCUGGUAUUAAUCAUAAUAUCACAACAGGCAGGUUUGGUGAUUUCCACAGAUUACUUGUUCCCGGAACUUAUAACCUUACAGCAGUUUUAACUGGAUAUAUGCCACUGACUGUUAAUAAUAUAAUAGUGAAAGAAGGACCAGCCACAGAGGUGGAUUUUUCGCUUCGGCCAACUGUGACUUCAGUAACCCCUGACACCACUGAGACUGCAGCAACUGCUAGUACAGUUAUAACUAAUAUUCCUCCUGGAACACCAUACUCCCACCAACCAAUUCAGCCAAAGGACUUUCGCCACCACCAUUUCCCUGAUAUGGAAAUAUUAUUGAGAAGGUUUGCCAAUGAAUAUCCUAAUAUCACCCGGCUUUAUUCAUUGGGAAAAUCAGUCGAGUCUAGAGAACUUUACGUGAUGGAGAUAUCUGAUAAUCCAGGUAUCCAUGAACCAGGUGAACCAGAAUUUAAGUACAUUGGAAAUAUGCAUGGAAAUGAAGUGGUUGGAAGAGAAUUGCUAUUGAACCUCAUUGAAUAUCUUUGUAAGAACUUUGGAACAGAUCCUGAAGUAACAGAUUUGGUUCAUAGCACUAGAAUCCAUCUUAUGCCAUCUAUGAAUCCUGAUGGGUAUGAAAAAGCCCAGGAAGGAGAUUCAAUAAGUGUACUUGGCAGAAACAACAGCAACAACUUUGACCUGAACCGAAAUUUCCCAGACCAGUUUGUUCAGAUCACAGAUCCCACCCAACCAGAAACUAUUGCUAUGAUGAGCUGGAUGAAGUCAUAUCCGUUCGUACUGUCAGCAAACCUGCAUGGAGGUUCAUUGGUGGUUAACUACCCUUAUGAUGAUGAUGAACAAGGAAUUGCCACAUAUAGUAAAUCACCAGAUGAUGCUGUGUUUCAACAAAUAGCACUUUCUUACUCCAAGGAAAAUUCCCAGAUGUUUCAAGGUAGACCUUGCAAGAAUAUAUACCCUAAUGAAUAUUUUCCUCAUGGAAUAACAAAUGGAGCUAAUUGGUACAAUGUCCCAGGUGGAAUGCAGGACUGGAACUACUUACACACAAAUUGCUUGGAAGUGACUAUUGAACUAGGCUGUAUGAAAUAUCCAUUUGAGAAAGAUCUGCCAAAAUUUUGGGAACAGAAUCGGAGAUCUCUAAUCCAGUUUAUAAAACAGGUUCAUCAGGGGGUCCGAGGAUUUGUCCUAGAUGCCACAGAUGGCAGAGGUAUAUUAAAUGCCACCAUUAGUGUUGCUGAAGUUAAUCACCCAGUGACUACUUACAAAACUGGAGAUUACUGGCGUCUCUUGGUUCCAGGAACUUAUAAAAUCACAGCAUCUGCUCGAGGGUAUAAUCCAGUUACCAAGAAUGUGACCGUAAAGAGUGAAGGUGCCAUUCAGGUCAACUUCACACUUGUUCGUUCUUCAGUGGAUUCAAACAGUGAAUCAAAGAAAGGAAAGGGGAAUAACAUCAACACUGAUGACAUCAGUGAUCCAACUACUAAAGAGUUUGAAACUUUAAUUAAAGACCUUUCAGCUGAGAAUGGUUUGGAAGCCCUCUUGGUACGCUCUUCUUCAAAUCUGGCUCUUUAUCGGUACCAUUCAUACAAAGACUUAUCAGAGUUUCUGAGAGGACUUGUGAUGAACUAUCCACAUAUUACAAAUCUUACCAAUUUGGGACAGAGUGCUGAAUAUCGUCACAUUUGGUCCCUUGAAAUCUCCAAUAAGCCCAAUAUAUCUGAGCCUGAAGAACCAAAGAUUCGUUUUGUAGCUGGAAUACAUGGAAAUGCUCCAGUUGGAACUGAACUGCUUUUGGCUCUGGCAGAAUUUCUCUGCCUGAACUACAAAAAGAACCCAACUGUUACCCAAUUGAUUGACAGGACUAGAAUUGUGAUUGUCCCUUCUCUAAAUCCAGAUGGGCGAGAGAGAGCACAAGAGAAAGACUGUACCUCAAAGAUAGGACAAACAAAUGCUCAUGGCAAAGACUUGGAUACAGACUUUACAAAUAAUGCCUCCCAGCCUGAGACUAAAACUAUCAUUGAAAAUUUGAUUCUAAAACAGGACUUCAGUCUUUCAGUUGCUUUAGAUGGUGGUUCUGUGCUGGUCACUUAUCCAUAUGAUAAACCAGUACAGACAGUGAAAAACAAAGAGACUCUAAAGCAUUUGGCAUCUCUUUAUGCAAAUAAUCAUCCAUCAAUGCACAUGGGUCAGCCCAGUUGCCCAAAUAAAUCAGAUGAGAAUAUUCCAGGAGGAGUAAUGCGUGGAGCAGAAUGGCAUAGUCACCUGGGGAGCAUGAAGGAUUUUAGUGUCACCUUUGGCCACUGUCCAGAAAUCACAGUAUACACAAGCUGCUGUUACUUUCCUAGUGCAGCACAACUUCCUUCCUUGUGGGCAGAAAAUAAAAAAUCUCUUCUGAGCAUGUUAGUGGAGGUUCACAAGGGAGUUCAUGGAUUUGUUAAAGAUAAGAGUGGAAAACCAGUCUCUAAGGCGGUCAUUGUACUCAAUGAUGGAAUAAAAGUACACACCAAAGAGGGAGGCUAUUUCCAUGUGCUGCUAGCCCCAGGUUUCCAUAACAUCAAUGCCAUUGCCGAUGGAUACCAGCAACAACAUUCACAGGUCUUUGUGCAUCAUGAUGCAGCUAGUUCUGUGGUGAUAGUCUUUGACACAGAUAACCGAAUAUUUGGUUUGCCAAGAGAGCUUGUGGUAACUGUAUCAGGGGCCACCAUGUCAGCAUUGAUCCUAACAGCUUGCAUUAUUUGGUGCAUCUGCUCGAUCAAGUCUAACAGACACAAGGAUGGCUUUCAUCGGCUCAGGCAGCAUCAUGACGAGUAUGAAGAUGAAAUUCGCAUGAUGUCAACUGGCUCAAAGAAAUCCCUUUUAAGCCAUGAGUUCCAGGAUGAAACAGACACUGAAGAGGAAACAUUAUAUUCUAGCAAACACUGACACUCACAACCUUGCAUAUCUCCCAGCAUAAGUACCAGGCAAAAUUACAGUUCCUCUUGGGAGACACUGCAUUAAGAAGAGAGACUAUUUUGCUUUUUCAAAGAGCUUUGGGGAGUUAACUUGCUAAAUUUGUAUUCUCUGUGAAUUUGGUUGGCAGUUCUGAACUUCCCUUCCUUAUAGAACUCUUUCCUUUAAAAAAAAAAAAAUCUGAUUUCUAUUUAUGCAGCAGAGAUGCGGCAGCCACUUUGUUUUUCUUUUAAUUUAAGAUGAGCUGUUUGGAGCUUAUAUAAUAACUGCAUAAAGCCAACUAGUGGAUGUUGUAUUUUGCACAUCAAGUGUUUACUAGGGCUUUAGCCUUUUUUCCUUUACUUUAAAUAGCCAAAAGAAUCCAGAAACAUUAAGGCAGGGACAGCAGUCAGAAUCUGACAUAAAGCUUUAAAAACUCGAGGUUCUGUCAACCUACUGAAGAGUACUUUUCUCCAGUUAUUAAAUAGCUGGAAUUUCUUUUAUUAUUCAGGUUUAACAGAAAUUGAAUUGAUUUUUAAACAUACAUGACAUUAGGAAAUAAAUGGGCUUCCUCAUUCAGCUUUCUAACCUGUUUCAUGUCUAGAUCAGAACUGGUGGGCCGUGCUCUAAGCAGGAUUUCACUACCUCUCUUGUAACAUUUAGCAAAGUUCUAAAUCUCCCCAUUUUAAGGGAGAACUUGUUGACUUUGUUGUGAAAGAUCUAAAUGUCCAUUAGACUGGCGCUGAGAGGGAGAUCUAGCAACAGCUAAAGCUCAUGUUGCCUUUCUUUUAACUUGGUAAAAACCCAUAGGUGCUGCUGCUUUUAUCUGUGAAGCACUAAUUUAUUCUAGGAAUGCCUGAUUCUAAAUUUGAACCUUUUCCUACAUUGUCAUGAUGAUUUCUAGAUGAUCCAGCAGUCUACAAGAUCUGAAUUCUACUGAAAACAUCUGGAAAGAUGGAAGAGACCUACUCACACAUUUUUAACCUACAAUUGAACAAAAAAUAUCUACACUUCAUGCUCCAGCCCAAGUCCAUGCCCUUUACUGUUAGUGAAAUAGCUUGGCUAGUCUUGUUCAUUUAGGCCUCUGCAAGUGAUUGGGAUCUUUGUCGUAAUGUUUUGUUUGACAGUCUCUUUUGAUUGACCAAUUUUGUUAAAAGUUCACUUUUCAGCAUUUAAAUACACCUCCCUCCAUUUAAAAAAAAAAAAAACAAAACAUAAACUGUGGAAUACCAUGUGAUAUAAGACUGUGGUAUGAAAGUGUUAUCUUUACUGCCAGUCGGGUUAUUGCAAACACCUGAAAGAUUUGUACUUUAUUGUGUCUUUUGAAUCACGCUAUUAAAUGAAAAUGAUGCUUUUUCUAAGUAUGAGUCUUACCAAUGAUCUAAUGGUUUAAUACCUUCGAAUGUCUUAAUGGCCAAGUUGCAGCUUAACUUGUACUAAAUCUGGAGAUCUAAAAAUUUGCUUUCAUCCUUCAAAUUGUAUUCUGUAUCCACUAAUGUUAUCAGUCAUCUCAAAGUCUUCAAGCAGAGUGAUUUACCACCCACUUAGGUCAUUCAUAAAGUUUUGUGUGGAAUGCAUCCAGAGUAACUUAUAAAAAGAGAUUUGGUUUAGCAGCAGUAAUAAGGUCAUGACAUUUAUUAGUGAGUAGCUGAUAAAUUUGGGUGGUUUGGGUGGUUCAAGGUUAAGCCAUUCUGGUGUUAAUCCUGCUAUUAGCAACUACAAAUUUUGAGCCUUUUGUCACCCUGUUCUCAUCCCACCAUAUGCAUAUAACAGAGUUUAUGGGGUGCUAAUAAGUAUGAAAUAUGCAUGAUUUCAUUUCUUCUAAUAAUACUUUGUUUUCUUUAAGGGGGUAUUGUGGUGGUGGUGCUCUUUUUCAGCUUUAUUUUUAAGAGUGCAAACAAACUAUGGGCCUAAGAAUGGCUGUGUCUGCUUGAGACAUUGCAUCUAGAAAUGAAACAGAGUUGUUGUGACAGCCUUUGUUAACAGUUGUCUUCACUAGAGGAUACUUUUUAAAUUUACUGCUUCUUGAAAUAAACAUGUCUUUAUAUCUCAGUGGCUGGAGGCUUUGCCUUUUAAGCAUGUGUAAAAUUUGUUCAGAAAUGAACAUAAUAGUUCUUUAGUAAUUUUUUCUGAAAGAAAACCAAAUUCUGCUGUAAUUCUUGAAUAUUUAAUGAAUUUCUAAAUAAUUAUUGUGUUGGAAAACAAGGUCUUCUCAGCCUGUUAUCUAUUAACAUGAAUGUACAGGAUCCAUGACUACUAAGACUGUGUUCUCAGCCUUGCUUUGUCUUUUAUUUGUGGAUCUAAUGUAUUUAGAUUAGACCACAUUAACUGCCUACGCAUAAAGCCAUAUGGGAUGAGGAAUGCAUUUCUUCAGUGUUUUUCCUUGGGGCUUUCUGUUUCUUUGGAAUCACAGAGGAAAGUUAAGUAUCACAGUAUUAAGUAAUUUGCCCAAAUCUGAAUUGUGCCUUUCUUUAUUCACAAGGCAUGGUUUUUGUCCUGGUGAUAAGUUUGUAAGCCCUGUUCGGUCCCAACUCCUUAAUAAAGGCCAAGUGACAGUAGGUAAUGUUCCAAGUAUUUGCCUCUGUAAAUGUGCUUGUAUUGAUCAUGUAGUUCAGUAAGAUGAGCCCAAGUAAUUUCAGAAGGAAAGACUCUUUGAUUUUGAUGUAUUUUGCUGAAUGCUUGAGUAGUACGUGGGACCCUAUCCAGUUGAGGAAAGCUUGUGAUUCUCAUUGAAGGGAAUUUGCCUUGGGACUUCACCAUCCUUCAGAGAGGAAACAUAUUAUAUUUGGCCCAGUGUGAUUGGUUAAUUUUUGAUGACUUUGGUAAAUUAAUGAAUAUUGAAUUUCAAAGCUAAUUAUGAGUUGACAAAUAAAUAAAAGGUAGUUCUUAUGCCUGAGCUUAUUGUGCUCCUGAGCAACAUGAGGUUACACGAUAAUGAUGACCUGAUCCUCCACUUCCAUUUGUUCUCAGCAUUAGUUUUAUCUUCUUAUCGCCAGAAAUACAUUUGUGCCUCCUGUAUUAAAAGCUGCUUGGCUAUUCUAGCAUAGUGCCCUAUGUUAUAGUUCUCUAGUGGAAUUGUUUUUAACAGUAGCAACCCAGUGUUUCCUGUAUAUUUUUGCUCUGUUGUUACUACUAAAAAUUCCACUAUGAUUUUCUCUCUAGCAACCUUUUGAUAAUUCUUUGGGUUUCUGAUUUGUUUUGAUUAAAGCAGAUUUUUGUGGGAUGAUUAAGGUCUUUGAUUAAUGCCAAAUGAGCUUGGUAUUCCAGUUCAUGAAGAAAUCUCACCCAACACCCAUUUCUCCUAUUUUUAGCAAUAAUUAACAAAUAUUUGACUAUCAAAAUAUUAUCCUGGUUGAUUUUGAUUUAACAGAAUAUAUUAUGAAAUUUGGAGGUAGAUUACCACUUUGAAGAAAUUGAAUAUAAAUAUGUAAAUAUGUGUGAUUAUUAUAAUUUUUAUAAAUGGCAUAACAUGAGUGUACAAGCUACAUUCUAUGCUGGCCAUGCUGCAGACGUUCUGGAGGUAUGACCUAAUGGUAUUUUUUAAUGCUCAGAUUAAAGAUCAACUUUUCACCUCUCCAUUUUUUCAGAGUGACACUCCCCAACUCCAGAACAAUCUAUAGCUAUUUAUAUGAGGUAUCCAACACUCAUUCAACACAAGUGCUUCAGUCUUUGGUUUAUUUCAUGCACUGUGCCUUCAAAAUGAAAUUUUUAAAAGGGACUUUAAAUGAAGUUGAAUAGUAGUUUUAAAAAGUCAAUCUGUGUAAUUUAUGUGAAAUCUAACUGUAAUGAGGUCCUUUCUGUUUUUUUAUAUGUAAACAGAUCUACUAAUCCUGUAUAAAAUUUAUUUUAUGAUGUUUGUC